AGCAGCAGAGCCAUUUUUACUGUAGAGUAACUACACGCUGAUCUGCCUGCGCUAGAGCGGGAGAGAGUGAGCUAGAGGAAUAAAGUGUUCCUCUUGGACUCCAAUCGAGCCCUCUCUCCCACUCAGCCUGGUGUACCUCUCACUUGCUGCUCGUGUUCAUUUAAGUUGGGGAGGCCCAGGAGAGGACACAAUGGAGCGAAGAGCCUUCGGCAACUGGGCCGUUGUACUAUUGAGAGGGGGAUGGGGUAGAGAGAAGACCGGUUCACACAGCUAACACAGCCUGCUGGCUGUAGGCUCCCACAGCCUUCUGGACCCGCUGCUCCCAGACUGGGAGUUUUUUUUUUCCUGGAAUUGCCACUGAAAAUAAUUUUGGACCGCAUUUUAAGGAUUACUCAUCACCCUCUGAGGGAUUUAAGGAUGCCGAUUGUAGCCUGAAGAACAAGUCUUUCUUGUGUUUUGGUUUCCGAGGCAAGAAAAGUGAACUCUCAAUGCGAUCCUGCCUUUACUUCAGCUCUUUCUAUUUUGUGGAGUUCAUUGAUGGAUUACAAAAUGCAUGCCAAGUCAAACGAUUUACUGGAUUUUCAAAAGCUGGAUGCUCUUCUGGAAAAAAUUGCACAUUCUGUCUCAGUGAAAAGAGAGUCCAGCGAGGAGUGCAAUGGGAUCAGUGGUGCUCUGUCAGUGGAGUCUGUGCCGGGGCCAAGACUAAACUGGUGUCCUGCCAACACCACAACCCCUGCCCCUGCUCUAGCUCCCGCUCCGGGGCCCGAGCCAAUGCCCAACCCAGUGAGAAUGAGGGACGGCCUGGAGGUUGCGCAGAUGUCGGGCAGCAGCAGUAGCCAGGGGCAGGCCCAGCAAAUGGGCAAUCCCCCACCUCCAGAGUACAUCAGCAUGGAUCGGCCUAAACGUCAGACCAAUCAGCUGCAGUACCUGCUGAAGGUGGUGGUGAAGACCUUAUGGAAGCACCAGUUCGCCUGGCCCUUCCAGUCCCCAGUGGAUGCAGUCAAACUCAACUUGCCAGAUUACUAUUCAAUAAUCAAAAACCCAAUGGACAUGGGAACAAUCAAGAAAAGGCUUGAGAACAGUUACUACUUGAAUGCCCAAGAAUGUAUCCACGAUUUCAACACAAUGUUUACCAACUGCUACAUGUACAACAAGCCUGGUGAUGACAUAGUCCUCAUGGCAGAGUCUUUAGAGAAGGCUUUUAUCCAGAAGCUCCAUGACAUGCCUAAGGAAGAGACCGAGAUUGUUGUCAUGACUGGGAAGGGCCGGGGCCGUGGCCGGCGAGAAGCAGGUAUCACCUUAAAACCAGGGGCCAUUAUUGAUUCUCCAUCAUCAACCCCACAAACAAGGGGUCUGUCCAACCUCUCUGCUGUACCACAGAUUAGAGGCACAGUGCAGGGGCCACCUUUGCUACCUCCCCAGACUCAAAUGCAGGCUCUCUCCCACGUCCCCCCUCUGUUAACAAACCAUGCACAACAGCUCAGUGUACCCUACUCCUUAAAUCCAUCGGACUGUGCGCCUCAACUUCCCAUCAUGACUUCUGUGCCUCCCCCUGGUCAAACGGCCCUCCCACCCAUACAGAGCGCUGCCCCUAUGCUGCAAAAUCCUAUCACCAUGACCAAACCAAGAAAGAGCCAGAAAAGAAAAGCGGACACCACAACACCAACGGCGAACGACCAACUAAGCGAGUCUUCCCCCGUCGAGUCCAAGUCAGGAAAGAUACUGCCGAGGCGAGAAAGCGCCAGGCCGACCAAAGUCAUGAAGAAGGAGGCGCCGGACUCUCAGCACCAUAUAGUCAUGGGAUUGGGCUUGAGUGGGACCAGUGGAAGUCACAGUCCCAAACCCCAAGAUCAGCUGGGCUACUGUGCUAGUCUGGUCAGGGACAUGUUAUCAAAGAAACACGCCGGUUAUGCCUGGCCGUUCUACAAACCCGUUGAUGUAGAUGCACUGGGAUUACACGAUUAUCACGACAUCAUCAAACAUCCCAUGGACCUCAGCACCAUCAAGGCCAAGCUGGAAAACAGGCAAUACCGGGAUCCUCAGGAGUUUGCUGCUGAUGUGCGAUUAAUGUUUUCAAACUGCUACAAGUACAACCCCCCAGACCAUGAAGUGGUUUCCAUGGCACGCAAGUUACAGGAUGUUUUCGAGAUGCGCUUUGCCAAAAUGCCUGAUGAACCAGAGAGCAAGGCAAUUGUCUCUGCCCCCACUGCUGCUCUCCAUCACCCCGCCCCAGUCAAGCCCCAGCCUCCUCUGAGCCAAGUGGCCUCCUCUUCAGACAGCUCCAGUGACUCAUCGUCGGAGUCCGAGUCUUCCUGGGACGACUCGGAAGAGGAAAGAGCUCAGAGGUUGGCAGAGCUCCAGGAACAGCUGAAGGCUGUCCAUGAGCAGCUGGCUGCCCUGUCCCAACCACAGGCCAGCAAACCAAAGAAAAAAGAGAAGGAUAAGAAAGAGAAGAAGAAAGACAAACACAAAAAGAAAGCAAGCGUGCCUGGCCUUGACGACAUCCAGGAUGCGACACCUGUUUUACAGAUGUCGAAGAAGAACAAGACCAGUAACAACAACAAAGACCUUUCCAAAAAGAGGAAUAAAAAAGAGGGUGUGAAAAACACUCAUCCCACCAAUGUGCAACAUGUCCCUGGCUCGGAGGACGACAUCGGGGCGGGAGGGUCAGCUGUGGCGGGCGAGAAGUGCAAGCCUAUGACCUACGAGGAGAAGAGGCAGCUCAGCUUGGACAUCAACAAACUUCCCGGUGACAAACUUGGCCGUGUGGUUCAUAUCAUCCAGUCAAGAGAGCCCUCACUCAAGAACUCCAACCCGGAUGAGAUUGAGAUUGACUUUGAAACACUAAAGCCUUCCACUCUGCGCGAGUUGGAGAGAUAUGUUUCCCUCUGUCUACGCAAGAAGAAGAAGGGUGGAGCUGACAAACCUUUGGAUUCGUUGGCUGCCUCCAAAAAGACUGGCUCCUCCUCCGACAGCAGCGGCUCCAGCUCAGACAGUGAAGCUGAGGCAGCAGCGAAGCAGCAGAAGAAAAAGGGACACUCUUCAAAGGAGGGCAAGAAAACGAACCAUCACAGUCAGGUUCCUCCUGCUCCAACUGGGCUUCAAUCGCAGCCUGUUGGCUUUCAGCCCAACAACCAGAUGAAGCAGCAUCAGCCUUCUCCUGCAGGCUUUGUGCCUCCUCCUCCCGUCACCGCUCUGGAGUCUUCACAAAUGUUGGAAAAUGCCUUCGACUCCCUGCCUUCUUUCGGCCAGCCACUCAUGCACCUGUCACACCAAACCGGCAACUCCUCCUCUCCUGCACCACCACACCUUAAUGCUCACUCGGGGGCGCCAGUGUCCCCGGAGACGCACCCGUUCCUCAACCAACAUCCCGUCCUCACGUCGCCAGCCUUGCACAGCUCCAUGCCUCAGCAGCCUUCCCGACCCAGUCACAAGGCGGCACCUCUUCACCCCAAGUUCCUCCAGCAGCAGCAGCAGCAGCAGCAGCAGCAGCAGCAGCCGCCUCCUCAGAACCCGCCAGCCCUGCAGCAACAGCAACCACCACCACAGCAGCCGCCACAGCAGCCGCCACAGCAGCCGCCACAAGCGCUCCAGCUGCAACCAGCAGCACCUCAGUCUCAUCAGCUCCCGCAGCAGAUCCUCCAGGCCGCUCAGCCUUUGCACCAGAGGCCGAUGUCACCCCCAACCAUCACCCCCCAGGGCUUGCUGUCUUCUCAGCCUCCCCAGAUGUUGCUGGAGGACGAUGAAGAGCCUGCCUUGUCGGCCACUUUGAACCCGGUGCAGUUGUAUCUGCAGCAUUUCCAGCAGGCCUGUCAGCCCCAGCAGUCCCUGCAGUCCCUCCAAACUCAGGCCCGGCAACAACAACAACAACAACAACAACAGCAGCAGCAGCAGCAGCAGUCAGGACAGGCGUCUCUGCUGCAGCCCGCCCCGGCCCAGCCUCAACUCCCCUCUCAUAAGACGCUGCCUCCCCCCCAGCUCUCGGUCCAGGUCCCGGCUCCAGCCACCCCGCAGCUUCAAGCUCCGACCCAGCAGAUGCCCCUCCAGCAGCCUCGCCACAUGCACACUCAGCAGCAGCCACAAGUGCCGCCGCUGAACUUCGAGCAAGCGCCCGGGCUCGCGGGCCCGACCCAGGCUUUGCAACACAAGGUUCCCAUGGCGACCAACAAAGCACAGCAGAUCAUCCAGCAGCAAGAGCAGCCGACUCCUCGCCCAACUAAGACUGAGUCUUUCAUGGCUGGUCAUCUGCGGGAUAAUCCGUCUCCUCUCAUGAUGCACUCGCCGCAACUCCCCCAGUUCCCACCCGUGUCGCACCACUCCCCACCUCACCAUAUGCAGCCCAAAAAGCAGAGGCCCCCUGGUGGUCAAGCGCUGAAGGAGGAGAAGCUUCCCCCGUCACCAGUGAUGAGAGGAGAGCCCUUCAACCCGGCCAUGAGACCGGACCAUCUCAAACACCCCGACAACAAACCGUCUCAGCUCAGCCACAGCCAACAGAAUCUGAAGUCUGUGGAGAGCUCGCGACCUGUCAUCCGCUCCUCUGAGCCCAGUGGGCCCCCGCCUCCCCUGCAAGACAAGGAGAAGUUCAAACAGGAGUCAAAGCCACACUCCGCUCCCAAGAAGUCGCAGGGCAACGAUGUGAAACUGAAGAACAUGGGCUCAUGGGCCAGCCUGGCACAGAAGUCCUCGUCGGCACCCAUGUCUGCGGUGAAGUCGUCCAGCGACAGUUUCGAGCAGUUUCGCCGGGCCGCCCGCGAGAAGGAGGAGCGGGAGAAAGCUCUGAAGGCCCAAGCCGAGCAGGCGGAGAAGGACAGGAUACGCCGGGAGCAGGACAAGACACGUCGGGAUGAGGACGACAUCAUGGAGACCAGCAGGAGGGUGCACGAGGAGCCGCGCCGGCGCCAGGAGCCACCGCAGCAGCAGCAGCAGCACAUCUCAGCACCUCCACAGCAGCAACCGCAGCAGCAGCAGCAGCCAGAGCCUCAGCUGCUGCCGGUGCAACCGCCUCCACCGCCCCCCACCCCGCCUCAGCCUGCCGCACAAAACCCCCUCGACCAGCAGAGGGAGCUAGCACGCCGCAGAGAGCAGGAGAGGCGGAGGAGAGAAGCGAUGGCGGCGACGAUUGACAUGAAUUUCCAAAGUGACUUGAUGGCCAUUUUUGAGGAGAACUUGUUUUGAGAGGCUGAACGAGGAGGAUAAACCAAGCCCUCUCAGGGCCAGGGAGGAGGACUGCACGUUGGAGUGUCGUCACGGCGACGCCUCCAACCCCCCCGAGCGCACGGGCGCGAGCCUCACGAUGAAUUCAGUUCCCAGGAAGCGAAGAGAAGUGACUCAGUUGCCUUGGACUCGAUUCUGACGGUGCACAAGGUCACUACAACAAUAACGGGAACCUUUGACCCGACAAAAUGCUCUGAUCUUUCUCACAGACUGAGUGGAGGCGUUUUCAAACUGCCAGACGCUGAGGAAGACUCGUCGUGUAUGUUCUGUUUUUAUUCGUCGUAUGUGAAAAAUAGUUUUUUUUUCGCACUGUAAAUGGUGUAUAUUUCUCAGCAGAGAAGGUUCAGUUUGCCUUACGCCUCUUUCCUAAAGCCACCAUGACGUUCUGUGGCCUGCAGUCAUCCUUCAGCGCAGAGCUCCUCUCAUCAACUACUGUAAAGAAGUAUUUUCUUAUCUGCAACUUUUCCUUCUUUUUUUUUUUUUUUUUAAACCGACACCACACACUCCACUACUAACGUCUAUGCCAAACAACCAAUUAUUCUAAACAAAACAAGGUAGUAGGUAGCUUGAUAUAUGCAUUAUCACGGUUCCAGCGAGUAUUUAUCAAAGACAGUUGCUUGUAUUCUUCAUGUAGAGCUGCAGCAGGACGUGAAGAGUUUUAGUCGUCGUAAGGUUCCACUACAAACGUUGCACCGUAUUCGUAUCACGGUUAAAUUUAAGGCUUCACAUCGUUGGCGGAAGGGAAUCAAACCUUCGGCUGCUCCUCGCUCGAUCAGGUUGGGUCGGAAAAGUUCUACACAGGGAGAGCGCGGACAUAAAACAGUUAUCUGAACGGUUUGGACAAGAGUUCCCAAAACUUGUCUGUGUUCUUCUCCAGUGCCUGUAUUGUAUUGCGAUUCCUGUUGGCUUCACUCGGAAGGGUUGUGAUGGGGUCCAACAUGGGAGGUGUAAUAUUCACGGAGAGGAAGACCUUUGAAAGAGUUUGUGUAAAAAGUUAAAAAAAAAUACUGCAUUUUAUAUUUCACCCGUUGUCUAUAUUCUGGUUUUAAAUUUAGUUUUAGCCGAACGUCUACACGUGUACACACUUGUUUCUCUCAGUUGGAUCCAUCAGCAGAUUUUAGGUAGGAGGUUUCUCCGCAUUGCCGCGCGAGGGGUCGACUCUCUGUGUGAUCAUGCACAUUUGGGAUGAUUGUGUUUUGGUUUUUACAUUCGUGGUUCAGGAAGGUGCAGAGGCAGUUGAGCCUUGGAAUCCAUAGUUAUUGUGCUCACGUCACCUUUUAUUUUCUAUGAAGUCCAUCAUAUAAAUACAUGUUUAUGACUAGACUGACUUUGAAAGGGUUUAAAACGUCAUUCCUGUUUAGCUUUUUUUUUUGUGUGUGUGUGCGUGUGUGUGUGUGUGCGUGCGUGCGUGCGUGCGUGCAUGCGUGUGUGUGUGUGUGUGUGUCGUUCCACGAUAUCUGUGUGCCAUUUGUUCUACAGAGAAUGUGCUGACUCGCAGCCCAGAGUUUGCUUUAUUCAGGUAUUUUAUUUUUGUGUUACAUUUGUUCGGGAGAACGUCCCGACACUUUUCCUCGAUCAUUGUUUGGUAUGUGAGUGGUCUAUCGAGGUCUCUGAUUCUGAGUCUGUUAUGAUCAUUAAAUAAACUCAUCUCUUUUAUAGAAAAUAAAAAA